AAGAAAAAAAGAAGAAGUGAUUUUGUAUCGCACAGUUUCAAAGAAAACAUUGAAUUUCAUAUUGAAUUGAAUUGAAUAUUUUGUUGGCAAUCAUUGCAUAUUGAAGUUAAUUGGCAUUGUCGCAUAUUAAUUGCAUUCAUUUCAAAAAAUCGUCGAAGAUGCCGAAAUAAAAACACGUUCAUUUUACAUUUGUUCUAAAUUGAUUGGUGCAGUGCAAUGAAAUUUGAACUGAUUUGAGAGUUGUCAUCGAGACUGGAUAAAUUGGUUUGGCUGAACAGAAAGAGAGAACGAUAUAUUUGAGUAAUUUUCGAUCGACGAAAAGUUUCGUAAUUGAAUGUUGUUUCAAUGGAAUUUAGAGUAAAUGCAGAUUGAAAGUUAUUGUGAAGCAAUCGAUUUCUUGCGCUUCAAAAAAAUAAAUCGAAAAAGAAUUGCGUUCGUAAAGAUAAUAUACCAACAUAAAUAACAAGUACUAUGAAUGUGGAUGCCAGUGAGAGUGUUUUGGAUUCGCACAUCUGUUUCAAUGCUCUUGCAACACUUCAGAAUAUAAAAAAUGUGGAAAAUUCGUGCAAUUUUUGCUCCUCAUCCGAUCACGACACUUAUGUAUGCCCAGUAUUAUCUAAGGGAGAACACGUUAAAGAUACAUCAACGGAUAAUUUAUCGUGGUCAUCAGUGCCGCACGGUUUACAAAUUUAUCAAGAUGCGAUGGGUUUACACAUUAUAUCGGUACAAAAAUUUGCGAAAGGAUGCAGAUUUGGCCCAUUAAUGGCACCAAAAUCUUACAUACCUGUUGAAAAUGCAAAAUUUCCGUUAAAAAUUUUCGGCACAGUAAAUUUAGACAUGGAUGCAAUGCACAUGUCGGAACUAAGAGAUUUAUUCAACGUAAGACACAUUCAUUUGGACACCAGAAAUGAAAAAUACUGCAAUUGGAUGAUUCAUGUUGAUCCCGCUCAGUAUUCAAACGAACAAAAUCUGAUCGCAUACGAAGAGGACAAUGAGAUUUUCUUUGCGGCCAUUGAAGAUCUCGACGUUGGCGAUCUGUUAAAAGUUUGGUAUUCACCAAAGUACGGUGAACGAAUGAAAAUGCCGCUCUUACUUGAAAGUCCGUAUCCGGUAACAAAGAAUGUACUGAGUCGCGGUGGUGUUGCAUUGCCAGAGAUCCAGUUGUUUGGCAAUUAUACGGCGUAUGAUCAUGAUCCAAAUCACAAAACUGAAAUUAUGUUACCUUCAAUUAAAACAAUAAUCAAGCCAUCGUCGUAUGUAUGCUAUGAAAAUCAUGCGUAUAGUGCAACCAACUCAUAUUAUGACGGCGGAUCGAGUACAAAUAAUUUGAUUAAUUCGUUGAUCGAUCAUACAAACGAUGAUGGGCAACAAUAUGCCGCCAAUAAUUCACUUUUGAAUUUGGAUGAUACAUUUUCCACAGAAACGGAAUUCAAUGACUUUAUGGGGUACGAAGAUGAGGGCGAGAAACUGGAGAAACUGGAGAAACUCUUGAGUACAGCAAAUGAUAACGAAAGUAUUACAAGCGAUAUGCAAAUGUAUCCAAAUGCGUCCGGCCAAAAUGGCACCGAAAAAGAUGAAAAAAAAGUGUAUCCGUGUCGAUUGUGCGAUAAAAAAUACUCAACCAUGACCAAUAUAUAUCGUCAUGUUCGUGCUCAGCAUAGUUGCUUUUUGUGCAGCUUGUGCAUGAAUAUGUUUUCACAUGAAAAUGAACUAAAAGAGCACAUUCAUAAGUGUCCAAAGUCGGACGACAAGAAACCACAAUGCGUUGUAUGCAUGCAAUAUUUUUCAAAUUCCUGGUCAUUGACACGGCACAUCAAAAUACAUGUGUCGGCUGGCGAAUGUGAGCCAGACAUUUUGGUAGAGAAGAAAGUAAAAGAGAGCAAAAAAGUUAAGGAUGAUUCCAAAGAGAAUUUCGAUUUUUCGGAUAUCGAGAAGAAUUCGCAAGAUGGUUUUGUUGUGGCAGCAUUGGGCUCUACGCCAGAGACUCUAUCCUGUGUUGAAUCAGACUCAUGUACUGCCAUUGUUGGUAACAAUGGUAUUGGAAACAGCAUACCAAUCGUAAACGAUACCGCUGCAAAUCAGACGUUGGCAUUGGAUAAGCUUGAAAUUGGUUCGCCUGAUGGAGCAUCAGCCGGUGAAAAAGACAAUGAAGUUUCUUCUUGCAUUGUUUGCGAGAAAAAAUUCAAGUCCAAAUCAUGUAUGAAUAAACACUUGCGCAGCGUUCAUGCAGUGAGAAUUUUGACUGGUGUUAAACGUUCCUCUUCAAAUCAUGGCCAUUCAAAAAAUAAUACCAAGCGGUCAUAUUUGAGUGAGAGUCAAUCCUCGAUCACACAUACUGGAUCACCGGUCAAUCCGAUGACAGCAAAAGCGUUGGCCUCAAAACUAAAUGAACGACACAAUAUGCUAAACGGAACAAAGAAGAUAUCGACCCAAGGAAUGACUGCAAACAAUGGCACAGUUAACGAUAUUCCAGUUCCACCGCUAAUAAGCAUUCAAACAACAUCCUCCCCAUCCAAUCGAUUCAAAGAUGGUGACGAUCAAAACUCUGGCCAACAACAACGGAAAAUUUCGCAAGCGAAAAAAAAUGCCACAACAGAUUCUUAUGUGAAAUCAGGCACAGACGCAAAACAUCAUAAAAUUGAAAAAUCUAACAAACAGUCAAACGGCAUUAAUGCAUUGCAUCACCCAAAAACGGUGGCAAAUAACAAUAAUCAAUCGCCGUCGUCACCAACUAAAAUGCACAAGUGUGACAGUUGCUCGAAAAAAUUCAACAAGAAAUAUGAAUUGAAACGUCACAAAACCGUGCACGAGAAUAUCACAUACACAUGUCCGUUCUGUAAUAAGAUGGUCAAACGAAAGCCAAGUAUGAUAAAACACUUGCGCAUCGUGCACAAAGAAGAAGAGCACAUUUGGAGCGAUGGAAACUUUGUGGCGCAACUUAAAAAGUACACAAAAGCACCGACGGAUGGUUUCGUACAGUCGGAAAGCAGCAAUACAAAUGAAUCGAGUACCGACGAAAGGCACAAUAUCCAAUCGAAAAAUCUCACGUCCGACAUCAAUUCAAUGGAUAAUGAUGCAAAUGGGGAAAUUUACAAAAAUGUUUUUUUGAGUGGUGAUGCAAAAAUGCCACAGAUGAAUUGUGCACGCCCAGCUGCAGCCAUAUCGAAUACAAGCGAAGAUGAAAUGAGUUUGCUAGAGGCAAGCUCUACCGUUGAUUUGAAUUUGGUUGAUGGCAAUAGAAAACAGUCGGUUGUCAAUAUGACGACACAGUCCAGUUUGAACAAUAUUAUUGAUGACUGUUUCUUCGGUGACGAUGCGCUCAAUUGUAAUGUAGUUCUUGUUCACAGUCCGUUCAGUAGCGACAACGAUGUCGAUGGAUUCACGAUGAACAAUGAUAACGGCGAAUGUGUCAUGAAUAAAGAGCUAUUAAGUAAAUUCCAAGAGAGUCUUGAGGAUAUGGAAGAAAAAGUGGACAGCACCGAUUUCAAAACCAUAUGGGAGCAUGUACUGGAUGAAGAUAACUUGAACGAUGACAUAUGUACUGAUGAAAUCGAUGAAAGUGUUGUAGUUUAGCAAAAAAAAAAUCAUUUUUUCAAAUACUUAAAACAAACUGAGCGUAUUUUCACAAAACAAUUUUUUUUUGCCUUUUCGUUGGUAAAACAUAGCAAAGAGAACUUAAGACUUUGAAUUUGGAACUUUUCUUUUCUCAUUUAAAACAAUUUUAAUGAAAUAAUCAAGUGCAAUAGUUCUCAAUGCUUCUGAGAAAUUAAAUUGAUUUAAGAUUGGCUUAUUUACUUAAUAUUAUUAAAAGCAACAACUUAUUAGUUUUCUUUUUCUUCUUUCAAAUAAUUCAGGUACAUAUUUAAACGUACAAAUAAAAAAAAACACAAAAUUUAUUUAUGUUAAACCAUUUGACAACUCAUAUACACAAUUAAUUGAAUAUUAAUUUGUGAGCUCAAAUUAAAAAAACAAUUGGAAAAUGAAUUUCAAAAUAAACUAAAAUGAAAGCAAGUGGUCAAUCUCAUUGAUGGAAUUUAAAUCGCAAAAAGAAUUACACUCCUAAGCUAAAGUUAAGCAUUCAAAUUCGAUUUUUUUUCUACAAUUCAUUUCGAUGUAUGCGGAAUUUUCAGCAAUUCGAAUCGCAUCAAUGAUUAAACAUAUUGUAUUUUUAAAUCAAAAUUGUGCCAAUUAAAACCCAUAAAACUUGCAAAUUAAGAGCAUUUACAGUGUGUUUUAGAAUAAAUUUAAUUGUUUAAUUUUACUUUAUAUUUAUUUAUUAUUGUUUAAGCAGAGAUUUUAGACAUAAUUCACGAAAUAGACAAGUAGUGUUGGGAGAUUCAUUCGGAACAUCGUUUCGAAUUUUUUUUUUUUUUUUUUGAUUUUAUGUUUGUGUGUUAAUUUUUUUUAUAUCUUAAGGGAUUUUUUUAGAAUUUUCAAGCGAUAAUUGAAUUUUCGAAUCAAAUUACUUCCCUUUACUCAUACUCUUUUAUCCGAAUAUGGGCAGAAAACUAAUUGUUUGGUAGAUCAUUUCUGUUUGAGGGUUCUGUGUGUAGGUUUUUCUUAUAUGUUUCUUCGAUUGUGAAUUGUGCGUGUAGGAAUUACAGUUCUUAAAUAAGUUAAAUAUCUUACAAAUGCCAAAUAAUUCACGAUCGAAAAAAAGUAAAAAAAAAACUGUCCGUCCUCACAAAUUGAUUUCAAGUGUAGGAUAUGGUGAUCAUUCUCGUUGGAUGUAAUUUAGUCAAAAAAGCUUUUGUUCAGUUCUUCCAUUUGAUGAAAACCAAAUAUAGCUAUAGAAAAGUAAAUAGUUCACAUAUUAUUGUGGAAAUUAAGUCAAUUUUUGUUUGCACCAAUUUUCUUUUUCGGUUUUAAAUAUUAGCGAAUCAAACUAUAAUUAAUACUCAGUUAUACGUAUAUAUGCGGA